AAGUUCAAAGGGGCAGCAAAUAAACAAGUCCAGCAACAAUAGUCACGAGAAAUUCUCAACUCAUCAAAGCAUAUUUAUUUAUGAUUUGUUGUGGGCAGAGAAGUGUCGAUUCGGUUCACCAUCGCUCCAACGACGGAAGACUCUACCUUCACUUGUAAUCAUCGGGAUCGGUUUAGUUUUGCAGGGUUGCUCUCUCUGCCAUUGUACAAACAUGUCCAUCGAGUUUCGAUUAAUCUGUCCGUAACUGUUGGAUUUGUAGAAUUGCUUGGACUAGUUGCUUUCUCUUUGCAAAUGGAGCACAGCGUUAAAAAGGACGGGAAUCCGGUGAACAAGGGACUGCUGCAGAGUGACGAGUUAUAUCAGUAUAUCUUGGAGACCAGUGUAUAUCCACGUGAACCGGAGCCUCUCAAGGAGCUAAGAGCUGCCACCGCCAGCCACCCGAGGGCUGAGAUGGCUACUGCACCAGAUGCAGGUCAGUUAAUGGCCAUGCUGUUGAAGCUCGUAGAUGCAAAGAAAACGAUUGAAGUUGGCGUUUUCACCGGAUACUCUCUCCUCCUUACUGCUCUUACAAUUCCCGACGAUGGCAAGAUUGUAGCCAUAGAUGUGAAUCGUGAGGCGUAUGAGCAAAUAGGGCUUCCAAUCAUAAAGAAAGCCGGUGUUGCGCACAAAAUCGACUUCAUUGAAUCCCAGGCCCUACCGGUUCUUGAUAAGCUACUAGAAAAUCAUGAAAACGAAGGAAGUUUCGACUUUGCUUUCAUCGAUGCCGACAAGGACAACUACUGGAACUACCAUGAGAGGCUAAUGAAGCUGUUGAAGGUGGGUGGUUUAGUUGUCUAUGAUAACACCCUCUGGGGAGGAACGGUUGUAAUGCCUGAUGAGUUGACUCCAGAGAGCAAGAAACCAAGCAGACCGGCGACCAUCGAGUUUAACAAGUUCCUUGCAGCCGAUCCUCGUGUCCAGAUUUCGCAUGCUUCUUUGGGUGAUGGGAUCACAAUCUGUCGUCGUCUUUACUGAUUCUGGCUCGAAAGAUGUAAUCUUACAUGUCUAAAGCUCGGGGAUUUGGCAAUCUCCCUUGACUAAUGAAAUAAUGUAUUGUCGCAGUGAUCUAUGCUUUAUCUAAGUGUUGUUAAUGAAGCAUAAACAACUUCAUCUU